AUGCCUCCGAAGAGACGAAAGACAGUUUUUUCAUCGGCAGCUGCAGCCAGUCAAAAACGGAGACGUUUAGAAGAAGACGAAGUAGCGAGACGGCAACGUUUGGACUGCGGUAGAGAUAGAGUGGCGAGAGCGCGUGCUCAGCAAGCGGAAGAUGAGCUAGCUAGACAGCGACGACUUCACAGUGAUCGAGAAAGACAUACUGCAAGAAGAGUGCGACAGCAACCGAAUAUUCCACCAGCUCUGAACUAUGAUGCAGCACAACCUCCACUUCCGUGUUGUAUUGGCUCUAUGACAAACGUGUGUGUCAACUGCGGCGCUAUGAAGUGGAAAGGAGAAGCACCUGGCAUGUGUUGCAGUAGCGGAAAAGUGAAACUGGCAACUCUGCAAGAUCCACCGCUCUUGCUAAAAUCAUUGCUUCUAGGUGACUCAGAAACGUCUAGGCAUUUCCUUACAAAUAUUCGCAAGUACAAUUCAGCUUUUCAGAUGACAUCAAUGGGUUGCAAUGAAAUUAAGGAAACACAUGGAUGGAAUCCUUGCUUCAAAGUGCAAGGUCAAGUGUACCACCUCAUUGGAAGCCUGUGCCCUUUGCCUAAUGAAGAAUCCAAAUUUGCUCAAAUCUACUUUUUGGGUGAUGUGGAGAGAGAGAUACAAGUAAGACAAGGCAUUGUUCCUGGUUUGAGGAUAAAUAUCAUUGAGGGUUUACAAAACAUGCUUCAUGCCAUCAAUAGGUAUGUGCAGAGUUUUAAAUUAGCCAAAGACGUUCUCCGUGAAUAUGAUCAGCAGUACAAGGUUGUGAUUCAUGCUGACAAGAGGCCUCCUAGAGAACACAGAGGGCGGUUUAAUGCUCCAAUGUGUGAUGAGGUAGCUGUGCUUAUGGUCACAGAAGAACAUGGAAAGAGAGACAUUGUCCUUCGUAAGUCUGAUGGCAGCCUUACAAGAAUAGCUGAAACUCAUCGCAGCUAUGAUGCUUUGCAGUAUCCUCUCAUACUUCCACAUGGAGAUGAUGGAUACUAUUUUCCUGACCAACCAGUCCCAAACCAGUACAAAGUAUCUGCGAUGAAACAUUAUGCGUAUCGACUGAUGAUGCGAGGUGGUGCAGACUUUAACAUCUUGCUACGGUGUCAGAGACUGAUGCAACAAUAUGUUGUUGACAUGUACGCCAAAAUAGAGACCGAACGGCUGUGCUUCCUUCGGCGAGAGCAAACAAAACUUCGAGCUGAACAAUAUGGUGAGUUGAGAGAUGCACUUCUGGCAAGUGAUGGAGAUCCAACAAACAUCGGUAAGACGGUGAUCUUACCUAGCUCCUAUACUGGAGGACCACGGUACAUGCAUGAACGUACACAGGAUGCCAUGUGCUAUGUUAGAAAGUUUGGUAGGCCUUCUCUUUUUAUCACAAUGACGUGCAAUCCCGGCUGGAAAGAAAUCACUGAUGAACUGCUGCCCAUGCAGACAGCACAACAUCGUCCAGACCUAAUUGCACGUGUCUUUAACCUAAAAAGAAAGGAACUCAUCAAACAGUUGACCAAGCACUGCAUCUUCGGCAAGACUAUUGCAUACCUGUGUUCCAUUGAAUGGCAGAAACGUGGUCUGCCACAUGCUCAUAUUUUAGUUUGGUUACCUGCAGAGCACAGCAUUCAUGCUGAUGACAUCGAUGCCGCUAUUUCCGCUGAGUUGCCUGACCCUAACUCUGACAAGGUGCUGUUUGAUAUAGUCAUGACAAACAUGAUUCAUGGCCCUUGCGGUCGCAUAGACAAGCACUCACCCUGCAUGCGAGAUGGAGCAUGCACGAAACGUUACCCGAAAGAGUUUAAAAGUGAUACUCAGAGCGGCCAUGAUGGUUAUCCAUUAUAUCGACGACGUAAACCCGAUGAUUGUGGCCAUCAAGGAAUAAAGAAGAUCAAAGGUAACGAUGUCUGUAUAGACAAUCGAUGGGUAGUACCUUACUCUCCCUACCUCUGCCGAAUGUUUGCCUGUCAUAUCAACGUAGAGCUUUGUACAAGUGUCAAGUCUAUCAAGUAUGUCCUAAAGUAUGUCAACAAGGGCAGGGACAUGGCAGUUUUUUCGCUAGAAAAAACCCAACCUAUCGAUGAAAUAGAUCUGUACCAGACAGCAAGAUACGUCAGUUGCAGUGAAGCUUGCUGGAGAAUACUGAACUUUACCAUUCACGAUCGUCAUCCAGCAGUGACAAACCUUCAUGUCCACCUACUAAAUGGGCAGAGGGUUGUUUACAAUGAUCAAAAUGCUGUUGCUCUUGCUCAACGUCCACCUAAAACCACGUUGACAGCUUUUUUUGAUCUCUGCGCUCGGUAUCGUCCAGAUCUUGACCAGCUUGCUACGCCCGACCAGAGGUUUGUUCAAAAUUUGCUUUAUGUAAAUGUGCCCGAGUACUUCACAUUUCAUUCAGGCACCAAAACGUGGAACCCUCGAAGGCUUGGCACAGCUGUUUACAGUGAUGGUCAAAUAACUUCAUUUAAAAAAAGUGAGGUCAUUGGUCGAGUGUACGCCGUGCAUCCUAAGCAACAGGAAUGCUUCUUUUUACGCCUUCUGCUUCACCAUAAGCGGGGACCUUGCUCUUUUGAUGACUUGCUUACGAUUGAUGCACGAAAGUGCCAGACUUUUCGCGAAGCAUGUAACUGCAUGGGUUUGUUGGAAGAAGACUUGCAUUGGGCCAUGGCCAUGCAAGAGGCAGCCAUGCGAGCCGGAGCAUCUACACUACGUGCUCUGUUUGCUGUUAUAUUGACCACGUGUGAUGUUGCUGACCCUCUUGCCAUAUGGUCUGCAUAUCGAAAUGAUAUGACUGAUGACAUACUGCAUCAGUGUAGGAGGGAAGCUCGACAGCCUGACAUGGACUAUAGUGAUGAUAUGUACAACGAGUGUCUCUUUCGACUACAGGAAUUAGUACAGCAGAUGAGUGGACAGAAACUUGAAGAGUACGGACUGCCGCCUGUAAACAGGGGACAUGAAGACAGACUGACAGUUGACCUACUUAGAGAAAAAUCUUAUGACAGAGAAGCACUGCAACAAUUUGUAGACGAAAAUGAAACGAAUUUGACGAUUGACCAACGCAACAUUGACCUUCGCAUUACAGAUAUGGUGGACCAUGGGCAAGGAGGGAUUAUUUUUAUUGAUGCCCCAGGUGGCACAGGUAAAACCUACCUGAUUAACCUUUCCCUGGCACGCCUCAGAUCAAGAGGAUUUGUCGCCCUUGCUGUCGCCAGCAGUGGCAUUGCGGCACAGCUACUAUCAAAUGGGAAGACAGCACAUUCAACAUUCAAGAUACCGCUUAAUCUCAUGACCACAGACCUUCCUAUGUGCAACCUCAAGCGAGGUUCAUCAAAGGCUACACUCCUACAGGAAUGUGCCGUUAUAUUUUGGGACGAGGCAACCAUGGCUAACAAACUAGCUUUUGAGGCUUUAGAUCGCACAUUACAAGACCUAAGGCAGUCCUCAAGACCAUUUGGCGGUAUCUUAGUUGUCCUGUCUGGGGACUUUCGUCAGACAUUACCAAAACACAUUCUUUGA